ACUGGGGGAGCGGCGUCAAGCGUCGCACUCCGUUACCUCGAGCGAUAACUUUACAGUCUUCCGUUUGUGCCAUGUGCGGCUAGGCCGGAGUGUUUGUUUGUUUGUUGUUUGUUGUUUGUUGCCUUGUGGCUGGAGCCUGAGUGACCAUGGCUGACAGCGAGGGGGGCUCCGAGCAGGAUGACGUCUCCUUCUUGCGGACGGAAGACAUGGUCUGUCUGUCUUGCACAGCUACGGGGGAGAGGGUCUGUCUGGCUGCAGAGGGUUUCGGCAACAGGCACUGCUUUCUGGAAAAUAUAGCAGACAAGAACAUCCCACCGGACUUGUCCACGUGCGUGUUCGUCAUCGAGCAGGCUUUGUCAGUGAGAGCUCUCCAAGAGUUGGUCACCGCCGCUGGAUCGGAGGAGGGAGGGGAAUCACUUGGAAAAGGAACCGGUUCUGGACACAGAACAUUGUUGUACGGCAAUGCUAUCCUUCUGAGGCACCAGAACAGUGAUAUGUACUUGGCCUGCCUGUCAACCAGUUCUUCCAACGAUAAACUGUCUUUCGAUGUUGGUCUUCAGGAACACUCACAAGGAGAGGCCUGUUGGUGGACAGUCCACCCUGCAUCCAAACAGAGGUCUGAGGGUGAGAAGGUGAGGGUGGGUGAUGACCUCAUCUUGGUGUCUGUUGCCACUGAGCGAUAUCUGCACACCACAAAGGAAAACGACUUGUCGGUUGUGAAUGCUUCCUUCCACGUGACACACUGGUCUGUACAACCCUACGGCACCGGUAUCAGCAGGAUGAAGUAUGUUGGUUUUGUAUUCGGUGGAGAUGUUUUACGUUUCUUCCACGGUGGUGACGAGUGCCUUACGAUACCCUCAAGUUGGAAUGAGUCUCCGGGACAAAACCUGGUGGUCUACGAGGGAGGCAGUGUGAUGAGUCAGGCUCGUUCACUGUGGAGACUGGAACUGGCCCGCACCAAGUGGGCCGGUGGCUUCAUCAACUGGUACCACCCCAUGAGGAUAAGACACUUGACCACCGGCCGUUAUCUAGGGGUCAACGAGAGCAACGAACUCACGUUGGUCACUAGAGAUGAAGCCACAACAGCCCUGUCAACAUUUUGCCUGCGCCAAGAGAAGGAUGACCAGAAAGUGGUACUUGAGGAUAAAGACCUUGAAGUGAUCGGUGCUCCCAUUAUCAAGUAUGGUGACAGCACAGUGUUGGUGCAGCACUCGGAAACAGGUCUCUGGCUCACAUCCAAGUCAUACGAGACAAAGAAGAAGGGUGUUGGAAAAGUGGAAGAAAAGCAGGCAGUACUUCAUGAGGAAGGAAAGAUGGACGAUGGCCUUGACUUCAGCAGGAGUCAGGAGGAAGAGUCCAGAACAGCCAGAGUGAUCCGGAAGUGCUCUUCACUCUUCACCAAGUUCAUUCAGGGCCUGGAAACUCUCCAGAUGAACAGACGACACUCCCUAUUCUGUGCCACAGUAAAUCUUAACGAGAUGGUCAUGUGUUUGGAGGACUUGAUCAAUUAUUUCGCUCAACCUGCCGACGACAUGGAACAUGAAGAGAAACAAAAUCGACUGAGAGCCUUGAGGAACCGACAGGAUCUGUUCCAAGAGGAAGGUAUUCUCAACCUUAUCCUGGAAGCCAUUGACAAAAUCAAUGUUAUCACAUCCCAAGGUUUUCUUGUUGCCCUGGCUGGAGACGAGUCCGGUCAGAGCUGGGAAGUCAUAUCCGGAUAUUUGUAUCAGCUGUUAGCUGCUAUAAUCAAGGGGAACCACACCAACUGUGCUCAGUUCGCAAACUCCAAUCGGCUCAACUGGUUGUUCAGUCGGCUGGGCUCCCAGGCCUCCAGUGAAGGCACAGGCAUGCUGGACGUACUUCACUGCGUCCUCAUCGACUCCCCUGAGGCCCUCAACAUGAUGAGGGAUGAACACAUAAAAGUGAUCAUCUCAUUGUUGGAGAAGCAUGGAAGGGAUCCGAAAGUCCUGGAUGUGUUGUGCUCUCUGUGUGUUGGUAACGGUGUAGCCGUGCGUAGUUCACAGAACAACAUUUGUGACUUCCUGUUGCCGGGCAAGAACCUCCUGUUGCAGACACAGCUUGUGGAUCAUGUUGCUAGUGUCCGACCCAACAUAUUUGUUGGCCGAGUGGAGGGGUCAGCAAUGUACCAGAAGUGGUACUUUGAGGUGACCCUGGACCACAUCGAGCAGACAACGCACAUGACACCUCACUUGCGAAUCGGAUGGGCCAACACUGCUGGAUACAUCCCUUACCCCGGCGGAGGAGAAAAAUGGGGUGGAAAUGGAGUUGGAGAUGACCUCUACUCUUUUGGUUUUGAUGGAGCUUACCUUUGGUCAGGUGGCCGCAAAACAAGUGUGAUGCCAAAUUCUGUAGAGCCAUACAUAAAGAAAGCAGAUGUAAUUGGUGUGGCUUUGGACUUGACAGUGCCCAUAAUGACUUUCACAUUCAACGGAAUUCCAAUUCAAGGCUGCUUCAGGGAUUUCAAUCUGGACGGCAUGUUCUUUCCUUGCAUCAGUUGUUCUUCAAAACUGAGUUGUCGCUUUCUACUGGGAGGAGAUCACGGCAGACUGAAGUACGUCCCACCAGACGAGUUCUCACCCCUGGUCGAGUGUCUCCUGCCUCAACAAGUCCUCUCGAUCGACCCUUGCUUCUACUUCGGCAACCUCAGCAAAGUCGUGCUCUCUGGGCCUUGGCACGUCGAGGAUGACACUGCCUUUGUUCCAACACCUGUUGACACCUCAAUGAUCAACCUGCCCAGUUACAUAGAAAACAUAAGAGACAGGCUGGCGGAGAACAUCCAUGAGAUGUGGGCGAUGAACAAAAUCGAGGCUGGAUGGAUGUACGGAGAGCGUAGAGAUGAUAUUCGUAAGAUCCACCCUUGUUUGAUCCAGUUUGAACGCUUGCCGCCGGCAGAGAAACGAUAUGAUACUCAACUUGCAGUGCAGACAUUAAAAACCAUACUCGCCUUAGGAUAUCACAUUUCCAUGGACAAACCACCGUCCCGCAUCAAAAAUAUCCGACUGCCUAAUGAACCGUUCAUGCAAAGUAACGGUUACAAACCAGCUCCCCUAGACCUGUCAGCCAUCACUCUUAACCCUAAGAUGGAGGAGCUGGUGGAUCAGCUGGCUGAAAAUACACAUAAUCUGUGGGCCAAGGAGAGGAUCCAGCAGCAUUGGACCUAUGGGCUCAAUGAGGACCCGGAUAUGCUAAGGAGUCCCCACCUGGUUCCAUAUAACAAGGUGGAUGAAGCUAUUAAGAAAGCAAACAGAGAUACAGCUAGCGAGACAGUCAGGACUCUGCUUGUCUACGGAUACAAUCUAGACCCUCCCACAGGAGAGCAACAUGAAGCUUUACUUGCCGAAGGGCUUAGGCUGCGUCAACAGAGUUUCCGAACUUACAGAGUAGAGAAAAACUACGCAGUCACUAAUGGAAAAUGGUAUUUUGAAUUUGAGAUCCUCACCGCAGGACCGAUGCGAGUGGGGUGGGCCCGGGCGGACUGUCCUCCUGGUUUCCAGAUCGGAAGCGAUGAGUAUUCGUGGGCAUUUGAUGGCUUCAAUGCCUUGAAGGUCCACUUUGGUGGCCACGAGUCGUUCGGAACGAGGUACAAAAUAGGGGAUAUAGUCGGCUGUUUCCUAGACUUGUUUGAUAAAACGAUCAGUUUCUCCCUGAACGGUGAACUGCUGAUGGAUGCACUUGGUGGGGAGACGACUUUUGCGGAUGUCCAGGGUGACGGGUUCGUCCCAGCGUUCACCCUCGGAGUUGGCCAAAAAGCCAAACUCACCUUCGGUCAGGACGUCAACACUCUCAAGUAUUUCACUACGUGUGGUCUGCAAGAGGGAUACGAACCUUUUUGCAUAAACAUGAAUCGCCCUGUGACCUAUUGGUACACAAAGGACCAGCCGAUCUUCGAGAAUACAGACGACUACGCAGACACUCGUAUAGAUGUGACUCGUAUCCCGGCAGGAUCGGACACGCCACCUUGUCUCAAGAUCAGUCACAACACCUUCGAGACCAUGGAGAAGGCUAAUUGGGAAUUCCUUCGCUUGUCUCUGCCUGUCAUCUGCCAGUCCACCUUCAUUGAUGAGGCAGAGAAAGUACGCCGCUGGCAAGAAAUCAAGAUAAGACAACAUAGGUUGUUGGCGGAGGCAGAUCAAACAACGCCGGCCCACAUCGACCAGAUUAUCAAGUCUGGCUUCUCCAUGAGUGACAUCAAAGGACUACACAGAGACUACUCUGAGGAUGCGGUAGAAGCAGACGAGAUGAUGUUGAACGCUACUCCUUCCACCAGGCGCAAGAAACAACCGGCAAGACCUCCACGCAAGGGAUCUCUCUCACGGAAUGAAGACAUGCCACAAAUGAUGAAUGGAACUCUAGAACCAGGCAAAAUGAACAGAUCAACCAGUGAGUUGGAUCUCAACAGGUACAACGCAGAGGGUCAGCUGAUGCAAGACAAGGAUGAUAAGAAAAAGAGAGGAAGAUCACCAUUCAGAUUUUUCUCCCGCAAGAGGGAUGCCAGUGCUGAUGAAAGGAACAAGAAGGCCAAAACACCGGAACCCGCCAUGGACAGAUCUCCUGGGAUGACUCGUCCCACAAAUCUAUCAGUGAGAAAUCCUCAAAUUAAAGUGUCGUCAACUGACCUGAAGAUAGUGCCCCCACAAAUCCCAGAGAGGAAUGCCCCGAAGACUAUGUCCGUGGCUGCCCCGACAGGCGUGGAGUCAAUCGGCAACGAGAUCUACGAUGGAGAGUGCCUGAAACUAAUCAAUGAGUACUUCUACGGCAUCAGGAUAUUUCCUGGACAGGACCCCACACACGUGUAUGUUGGCUGGGUCACCACACAGUUCCAUCUGCACAGUAAGGACUUCAACCAGAGCCGUGUACGCAAGUCUACAGUCCAUAUUAUGGACGAGUAUGGCAGAGUUGUUGAUAGCCUCAACCGCCAGAGCUGUUACAUGUUAAGAGCAGACGAGUUGUACAAUGAGGUCACGCAGGAUGCUACAGGCAAGGGCACGUCACAAGGCAUGUUCAUCGGAUGCUUUGUGGAUGCUGCCACUGGCUACAUGACCUUCACCUGUGAGGGCAAAGAGACCAGUCACAAGUACAAGAUGGAACCUGAGACUAAGCUUUUCCCAGCUGUUUUUGUGGAAGCCACGAGCAAGGAGAUUCUGCAGAUUGAACUAGGUCGUACCUCCACCACACUUCCGCUGUCAGCGGCCGUACUGCAGAACUCUGAGCGCCACGUCACUCCUCAGUUCCCGCCAAGACUGAAGGUGCAGUGCCUGAAGCCUCACCAGUGGGCUCGAGUGCCUAAUGUCUCGCUGCAAGUGCACGCCUUGAAGCUGUCAGACAUCCGAGGCUGGAGUAUGCUGUGUGAGGACCCUGUAUCGAUGCUAGCACUCCACAUACCUGAAGAGGAUCGCUGCAUCGAUAUCCUUGAACUCAUUGAAAUGGAAAAGCUUCUGUCAUUCCAUGCACACACGUUGACCUUGUACUCCGCGCUGUGCUACCAGAGCAACUACCGAGCCGCACACGCCUUGUGUCAACACGUGGACCAGAAGCAGCUGUUGUACGCGAUACGCUCAGAGUUCAUGUCAGGCCCACUGCGGCGCGGUUUCUAUGACUUGUUGAUCUCUCUCCACUUGGAGUCACAUGCCACCACCAUGGAGACCUGCAAGAAUGAAUACAUCAUUCCUAUUGGUCCUGAGCUGAAGGAGCUGUACCAAGACCCGGAGAUGGGACACAGUCUCAGAUCUCUAAAGACAGAAUCAGUCCAACCUCAGAUGAAGAUGACAGAUAUUGCAGAGUCGGUGGACAACAUCCGGAGCCUGUAUAGCCCGUACUUCCCGCUGGAUGUGGUGCGGAACUACGUGAUGGCCGCGCUAGACGAGGCUGUGCAGAUCAACCAGUUACACAACCGUGAUCCUGUCGGAGGAUCAAAUGAAAACCUCUUCUUGCCCCUGCUGAAACUGGUGGACCGUCUGUUGCUGGUGGGUGUAUUGUCUGACGAGGAUGUUAUCAAGUUGCUCAUCAUGUUUGACCCGGAAACUUGGGAUCCAACUUUUGAGAAAGAGGGCAAAGACGAACACAGAAAGGGCCUGUUCAACAUGAAGAUGGCUGAGGGGGCUAAGCUGCAGAUGUGCUACCUGCUCCAUCACUUGUGUGACAUGCAGUUACGACACAGGGUCGAGUCCAUCAUCUCCUACAGCCAUGACUUUGUUGGUGACCUGCAGGCAGACCAGCUCCAGAGAUACGUGGACAUCAAACAGUCUGACUUGCCGUCUGCCAUAGCUGCCAAGAAGACCAGAGAAUUCCGAUGCCCUCCUAGGGAACAGAUGAAUGCAAUCUUAGGGUUUAAAAAUCUGGAAGAAGAUGACACAGAGAAUUGCCCUUGCGGCAACGAUCUAAGAGAGAGCCUGAAUGGCUUCCAUGAGAAGCUGAUGAAACAUGUGUCACUGGUGGCCUUACAAGAACCAGCUGCAGAGGAAGCUCCAGCGGAUGAGACGUCAAAACCAGGUGUUAUCAAACGUCUGUACAACUUCAUAAAUGCAGUCAAAGAGCUGGAGGAACCACCAAAAGAAGAAGAAGUUGAAGAGAAGAAGACACCUGAGGAGGUGUUCAGAAAAAUCUUGAUAGCAACAAUUGUAAAAUGGGCUGAAGAAACUCAAAUUGAAACUCCAAAGCUUGUGCGAGAAAUGUUCAGCUUACUGGUGAGACAGUACGACAGCGUAGGCGAGCUGGUGAGAGCCCUGGAGAAGACUUAUGUGAUCAACGCCAAAACCAAGAAUGAUGCAGCUCUCAUGUGGGUAGGCCUCAGUCAGAUCCGAGCGCUCCUCCCAGUACAGAUGUCAGAGGAGGAACAGGGCCUCAUGAGGGAACGGCUGUGGAAGCUGGUGAACAACCACACAUUCUUCCAGCACCCAGACCUGAUCCGGGUAUUGAGGGUGCACGAGAACGUGAUGGCUGUGAUGAUGAACACGCUGGGUCGCCGUGCUCAAGCGCAGUCUGACACUCCACAGGCUGGCACAGGGCAGGAGGGUGAGAGUCCACCAAAAGAAAAGGACACUUCCCACGAGAUGGUGGUGGCCUGUUGCCGUUUCCUCUGCUACUUCUGCCGCACAUCUCGGCAGAACCAGAAAGCCAUGUUUGAUCACCUCUCCUUCCUUUUGGAGAACAGCAACAUCCUACUGGCCCGACCCUCCCUCAGAGGCAGCACCCCCCUGGAUGUCGCCUACUCUUCCGUCAUGGAGAACACUGAACUGGCACUCGCUCUCAGAGAACAUUAUUUAGAGAAGAUCGCAAUAUACUUGUCCCGGUGCGGACUACAGUCCAACAGCGAGCUUGUGGAGAAGGGUUAUCCCGACUUGGGUUGGGACCCAGUGGAGGGAGAGAGGUACCUGGACUUCCUCCGAUUUUGUGUCUGGGUCAAUGGGGAGAGUGUAGAGGAGAAUGCUAAUCUGGUCAUCAGACUGCUGAUCCGGCGACCUGAGUGUCUGGGUCCUGCUCUCAGGGGAGAGGGAGAGGGCUUAUUGAGGGCCAUCAUGGAUGCCAACAAGAUGUCGGAGCGCAUUGCGGACCGUCGCAAGCUGGUGGAUGAGGCAGAGGGAUCGGCCAUGCCGCUCCAGUUUGAACAUCCACUGCCGGAGUCGGAUGAUGAUGAGGACUACAUUGACACGGGUGCUGCCAUCCUUGCGUUUUACUGCACUCUGGUCGACCUGCUAGGACGAUGUGCUCCUGACACUUCCGUCAUUGCCCAGGGUAAGAACGAGUCACUGCGAGCGCGUGCCAUCCUGCGCUCACUGGUGCCCCUGGAGGACCUACAGGGUGUUCUGAGUCUGCGUUUCACACUGCAGAAUCCUGCAGCCGGUGAGGAGCGCCCCAAGAGUGACAUGCCGUCCGGUCUGGUGCCUGGGCACAAGCAGAGUGUAGUCCUGUUCUUAGAACGGGUCUAUGGAAUUGAGACCCAAGAGCUCUUCUUCAAGAUACUGGAAGAGGCUUUCCUCCCUGACCUCAGGGCAGCCACUAUGCUCGAUAGGAAUGAUGGGUUGGAGUCGGACAUGGCUCUGUCGAUGAAUCGGUACAUUGGCAACUCUGUGCUUCCAUUACUCAUCUCCCACUCAAAGUUCUACACAGAGGCGGACAACUAUGCCAACUUGCUGGAUGCCACCCUGCAUACUGUGUACAGGCUGUCCAAGAACAGGAUGCUGACUAAGGGUCAGAGAGAGGCUGUAUCUGACUUCCUUGUUGCCCUUACAAGCCAAAUGCAACCUAGCAUGUUGCUGAAAUUGCUGAGGAAAUUGACUGUGGACGUAUCAAAGCUGUCAGAAUAUACUACGGUUGCUUUGCGGUUGCUGAUGCUCCACUACGACAGGUGCGCCAAGUACUACGGUUCUACAGGUGGACAAGGUCUCUAUGGUGCCUCUAGUGAUGAGGAGAAGAGACUGACCAUGAUGCUCUUCAGCAACAUCUUUGACUCUCUAUCCAAAAUGGACUAUGACCCUGAACUGUUUGGCAAAGCUCUGCCAUGUCUGACUGCUAUCGGCUGUGCCUUGCCCCCUGACUACUCUCUGUCCAAGAACUACGAUGAGGAGUAUUAUGGUGCCAAGAGUACUGCUGCAGAGUCCACAGAUGGUCCAUACAAUCCUGAGCCUAUCAACACUUCCAGUGUGGUGUUAAACAACGAUCUCAACUCAAUUGUCCAGAAGUUCUCAGAGCACUACCACGACGCUUGGGCCAGCAAGAAGUUAGAGAACGGUUGGGUCUUUGGAGACCAGUGGUCUGAUUCCCAGAGAACUCAUCCUCGGCUCAAACCGUAUAAUAUGCUCAAUGACUAUGAGAGAGAGAGAUACAAAGAGCCAGUGAGAGAGUCGCUGAAGGCACUGCUCGCUAUCGGCUGGACAGUAGAGCACACAGAAAUUGAUAUUCCAUCCAAUAAUAGAGGAUCUGUUCGAAGGCCAUCCAAGCCUAACGUUGUAAGUUUAGCAGCGGGUUUUACUUCCCUGGCUAUGCUAGGUUCGGACGCCUCUCCCUUCAACUACCACCCGAACCCCAUCGACAUGGCCAACCUGACACUCAGCAGAGAGAUGCAGAACAUGGCCGAGCGUCUGGCCGAGAACUCUCACGACAUCUGGGCCAAGAAGAAGAAGGAAGAGCUCAUCACUUGUGGAGGUGGAAUCCACCCACAGCUGGUGCCAUAUGACCUGUUGACUGACAAGGAGAAGAGGAAGGACAGAGAGCGCUCUCAGGAGUUCCUUAAAUAUCUGCAAUACCAAGGAUACAAACUGCACAAACCUAGCCGCGGAGGACCAACGGAGAGCGAGCAGAUGGCCCAGCAGUCCACGGGAGAACUCAGGUUCGCCUACAGUCUGCUGGAGAAACUAAUCCAGUACAUGGAUCGAGCCUCCAUCAACAUGAAACUGCUUAAGCCAUCCACCACCUUCAGCCGGCGGUCCAGCUUCAAAACCUGUACUAGAGACAUCAAAUUCUUCUCCAAGGUGGUUCUUCCUCUGGUUGAGAAGUACUUCAGCACACACAGGAACUAUUUCAUUGCUGUAGCCACGGCAUCAAACAAUGUGGGGGCUGCGUCUCUGAAGGAAAAGGAAAUGGUUGCAAGUCUGUUCUGCAAGUUGGCCAGCUUGUUGCGUUCUCGACUGGCAGCUUUUGGAGCUGAUAUUCGCAUAACUGUGCGAUGCCUUCAAGUAUUGGUCAAAGCCAUUGAUGGAAAAUCAUUGGUGAAGAACUGCCCAGAGUUCAUUAGGACAUCGAUGUUAACAUUCUUCAACAACACAGCUGAUGACUUGGGUCAGACCAUUCAGAACCUUAGAGAUGGACGCUACAGUCACUUGAGAGGUACUCACUUGAAAACUUCCACUUCCUUGUUCUACAUCAAUGAUGUCAUCUUGCCUGUGCUGACUGCCAUGUUCGACCAUCUGGCAGGCUGUGAAUAUGGAAGUGAUCUUCUUCUGGAUGAAAUUCAAGUUGCCUCGUACAAGAUGUUGGGCAGUUUGUAUACUCUUGGAAUUGACGCUACUUUGACUCAUGAUAGAAAAUACUUGAAGACUGAAAUAGAGCGACAUCGACCUCAGCUGGGCACCUGCCUUGGAGCAUUCUCCUCAACAUUCCCUGUCGCAUAUCUGGAGCCCCAUCUCAAUAAACACAACCAGUUCUCUCUCGUCAACCGCAUCGCAGAACACUCCCUCGAGGCUCAAGAUAUCCUGACUCGAAUGGAGAGUACGAUGCCAACUCUUGACAACAUCCUGGCGGAAGUGGACCAGUUCGUGGAGUCUGAGAAGACACAUACGGAUGCACCCCAUGUCAUCGAUGUCAUCAUGCCCUUGUUGUGUUCCUACCUGCCCGUCUGGUGGAACCAAGGCCCUGACAAUGUUAGUCUUACUGCCGGAAACUAUGUUACAAUGGUUACAAGUGAACAUAUGAACCAACUUCUCAAAAAUGUCCUGAAGAUGAUUAAGAAGAACAUCGGAAAUGAAAAUGCCCCUUGGAUGACAAGAAUUGCAGCGUAUACUCAGCAAAUUAUCAUCAACUCUUCUGAAGAGUUGCUAAAGGAUCCAUUCCUGCCAUUGGCUGAGCGCGUUAAGAAGCGUACGGACACUCUGUUCCACAAGGAGGAGUCUCUGCGAGGCUUCUUGAAGUCAUCCACUGACGACACAUCACAGGUGGAGACACAGAUACAAGAAGACUGGCAUCUGUUGGUCCGCGAUAUCUACUCGUUCUACCCACUACUGAUCAAGUACGUAGAUCUGCAGAGGAAUCAUUGGCUGCGUAAUAACAUCUCAGAGGCAGAAGACCUCUACAACCAUGUAGCAGAGAUCUUCAAUGUGUGGUCCAAGAGCCAGUACUUCCUCAAGGAGGAACAAAACUUCAUCUCCGCCAACGAGAUCGACAAUAUGGUCCUGAUUAUGCCGACAGCCACCAGGAGGAGUGCGGUGGUCUCAGAGGGUGGCUCAGUACCGUCUGGCGGAGGAAAGGUCAGUACAAAAAGAAGAAAGCAUAGAGACAAGAAGAGAGAUAAGGACAAGGAACUGCAGGCCAGCCUGAUGGUGGCAUGUCUCAAGAGAUUGCUGCCCGUCGGUCUGAAUCUCUUUGCGGGUAGAGAACAGGAAUUGGUGCAGCACUGCAAGGACAGGUACCUUAAGAAAAUGCCAGAGUACGACAUCGUAGAGUUCGCCAAGAUCCAGCUGACGCUGCCUGACAAGCUCGACCCUGGCGACGAGAUGUCAUGGCAGCACUACCUGUACAGCAAGCUCGGUAGCAAGAAGGUGAAUGUGAUUGACGGUGCCAAACCCCAGCAGUUAGACGAAGUCGUCGACCGGAUCGUGGCCAUGGCCAAGGUCUUGUUCGGCCUCCAUAUGAUUGACCACCCUCAACUGCAAAGCAAGGCCAGUUACCGUUCGGUUGUGUCAACUCAACGCAAGCGAGCGGUCAUAGCUUGUUUCCGACAGCUUUCGCUCCACGCUUUACCCAGCAUGCCAAUAAGCCGCCGCCCCACGUGUCCGGUUGGCGACGUUGGUGUGCUGUCCGCAGCAAGGAAGAGAGCUGCCAUCGCUGCCUGUCUGCGCACGCAGCCCCUCUACACACUACCCAGGUCAAUAGUGGUUCUUUUCGAAAUAAAUACUUCUCAAUACUUACUUGUGUCUGAAGCUUAUUUACUCACCAUUUCACUUGUGUUCCAGCUGAUCCUGAAGUACUUUGACAUGUUCCUCAAAGUGAAGGAUCUCACCAGCUCGGCCAGUUUCCUUGAAAUAGAUCCUAAUCAUGAAGGUUGGGUCUUUCCUAAGGAUUUCAAGGAAAAAAUGGAACAGCAGAAGAGCUACAAUCCUGAAGAAAUAGAGUUUAUGUUAUCGUGCUGUGAAACCAACCAUGACGGCAAGAUUGACUAUGUGACAUUCACAGACCGCUUCCACGAACCUGCCAAAGAAAUUGGCUUCAACUUGGCAGUUUUGCUCACCAAUUUGUCUGAACAUAUGCCCAAUGAGCCAAGAUUGGCGAGAUUUUUGGAAACAGCUGGAAGUGUCCUCAACUACUUUGAACCGUUUUUGGGCAGAAUUGAGAUCAUGGGUGGAAGUAAGCGCAUUGAGCGAGUUUAUUUUGAGAUUAAGGAGUCCAACAUUGAACAGUGGGAGAAACCUCAGAUCAAGGAAUCAAAAAGAGCCUUCUUCUACUCAAUCGUGACAGAGGGAGGUGACAAGGAGAAGCUGGAAGCGUUUGUCAACUUCUGUGAGGACGCCAUCUUUGAGAUGCAGCACGCCAGUGCGCUGAUGGCUGUGGAUGAUGGAGGUGGAGGAGGCGGCAAGGCCAGGAAAGCUGCGUACUCAUACAUGACUGACGAUGAGGAGGAGAGGAAUGCAAAAGACCCAAUCAGAAGAAGCAUCACAGCCGCCAAGGAUGCACUGUACUUUGUCCUGAGCAUGCUCUCUCCAUCCAACAUCAAGAACAAGAUCAACGAGAUGCAGCAGAUGAGCACCGUGGAGCUGGUUGUUGGGUUCUUCAAGAUCUUCUUCUACAUGUUCUACUAUGCAGGAUUCAGUGUUUCGGUUGUUUUGAAGUAUAUCGGAGGCCUAUUGAUGUCCCUGAUGAGAGGUCCUCAGGUGGAGGAAGUUGUGGUGGAGGAGAAGGAGGAGGAGAGAGUGGGGCCGUUACGAGUGUUACCGGCGCUACCUGCGUCUUCGGAUGACAGUAACAACCAAGGAGCUGAAGGUGGAAAAGAUGACAACGGACAGUUGAAGGCCCUGCAUGAAGGUUCUCCAUCAUCACCUCAAGCAGAGGAGGGGGCGGAGCCUCUGCCAGAAGGUGAGGGAGGGGAGGAACACAAGGCGGAGGGAGAAGGAGGGGAAGGCACCCCACACAUCACUCUGGCUGAUCUGCUAGGAGGGGAGGCUGCUCGCAAGGAGGCGGCUGCAGUGGCCGAGGUGGCAGCUCAGCAACAGGCGGUCAUGGCGGCAGUGGAGGCGGAACAUAAACAGGAAGUGAUCACUGAACCCUCUGCCUUCUCCCAGAUUGACUUCAACGGCUAUACUCAGCGUCUGGUCAGUUAUCUAGCAAGGAACUUCUACAACCUGAAGUAUGUUGCUCUGGUCUUGGCUUUCUGCAUUAACUUCAUGCUACUCUUCUAUAGGGUGACAUCGCUGGGUGAGGAGGACGGUGGUGAUGAGGCGAGCUCUGUGGAGGAUCUGAUUGAAGAGUUACAGGGCAGUGGCAGUGGGGCAGGGGCAAUAAGUGGAGAGGAAGGGGGCACAAGUGCUGGACUAGAGGGUGGAGGCAGUGGGGAGGAAGGAGGAGAUGAGGAGGACGCCAUAGAACUGGUCCACGUGGAUGAAGACUACUUCUACAUGGCACACGUCAUGCGGUUGGCAGCCCUGCUUCACUCUCUCGUCUCCUUGGCUAUGCUCAUCGCCUACUAUCACCUGAAGGUGCCGUUGGCUAUAUUCAAGAGAGAGAAGGAGAUCGCCCGACGCCUGGAGUUUGACGGAUUGUAUGUGGUAGAGCAGCCCGAGGACGAUGACAUCAAGUCUCACUGGGACAAGCUGGUCAUCUCGGCCAAAUCGUUCCCGGUGAACUAUUGGGACAAGUUUGUAAAGAAGAAGGUCCGCCAGAAGUACAGUGAGUCGUACGACUUUGACUCUAUCAGCAACCUGCUUGGCAUGGAGAAGACAUCAUUCAGCUCUCAGGAAGCAGAGGAGAGCACGGGACUCGUCAGCUUCAUUCUCAAUAUCGACUGGAGGUACCAGGUGUGGAAAGCAGGAGUUACCAUCACUGACAAUGCCUUCUUGUACAGCUUGUGGUACUUUACAUUCUCAAUUUUGGGCAACUUCAACAACUUCUUCUUUGCUGCUCACUUACUGGAUGUUGCUGUCGGUUUCAAAACUCUGCGUACGAUCUUGCAGUCCGUAACACACAAUGGAAAACAGUUGGUCCUGACUGUGAUGCUGUUGACAAUCAUCGUAUAUAUCUACACGGUAAUAGCCUUCAACUUCUUUAGGAAGUUCUAUGUCCAAGAGGAGGAUGAAGAAGUGGAUAAAAAGUGCCAUGACAUGUUAACGUGCUUCGUGUUCCAUCUGUACAAGGGUGUGAGAGCUGGAGGAGGUAUCGGUGAUGAAAUAGAACCUCCAGAUGGUGACGAUUACGAAGUCUACCGAAUCAUGUUUGACAUCACCUUCUUCUUCUUCGUUAUCAUUAUUCUGCUGGCUAUCAUUCAGGGUUUGAUCAUUGACGCUUUUGGUGAGCUGAGAGACCAGCUGGAGAGUGUCAAGGAGGACAUGGAGUCCAACUGCUUCAUCUGUGGCAUAGGGAAGGAUUACUUUGACAAAGUGCCGCAUGGCUUCGACACUCAUGUGCAACAAGAACACAACCUGGCAAAUUACAUGUUCUUCCUGAUGCACUUGAUCAACAAGCCAGACACUGAGUACACUGGUCAGGAGACGUACGUGUGGAACAUGUACCAACAGAGAUGCUGGGACUUCUUCCCCGUGGGAGACUGCUUCCGCAAGCAGUAUGAGGAUGAACUCAGCGGUGGCGGCGGUUAACACUUGCAUUUCUACAUCAACGUUGUCUUUGCCAAUUCAUUUUGUCCCAUUCAACAUGUAUAUUGUUUGUAUAAAGUACCCUGACGGAGAAGUGAUCAUUUGUAAAUUGAAUAAAUUUAUAUUAAACUGUUUUC